AUGAUUGAUUGGCCUCUACUCAUCUGGGCGCGCGGCGUCUUAGCUGUCCUUUGCAUUGGUAUUCUACUCCUUUAUAGGUAUAUACGUGUCCCGGGAGAUAUGCCACAGAACAUUCCAACAGUGCCAAUCUACAUAUCAUUAUUGGGGCUCUGGAGUGAUAUGGGCCAAGACGAUAUCUACGACCGUUGGCUUCGCGAGCCACUGGAGAAAUACGGGGCAGUGAGGAUCUGGUUUGCCGGGCGAUGGAAUGUGCUGGCCACCAGACCGCAGUUCUUGGUGGAUAUGUUUCGUCACGAAGAUGUAUACGCCAAGGCCGGGAGCCAGAAAAAGAUUCCCUGGAGUGUGAUCGCGGCGUUGGUAGGGGACAAUAUUAUCAAUUCACACGGCGAGCAGUGGCGAUUGUAUACGUCUAUCAUGAAGCCGGGCCUGCAGCGGCGCAUAACAGAUUCGAAACCCCUGCUGGAGAAAUCACGCAAGUUCGUGGAUAUUCUGCUGGAAGAGCAGACGAGACUUGGGAUUGAUCGGGGCAUCCUGGUGAAUCCAAUUAUCCAACGAUGGGCGCUCAGCUGCAUGGGGAUCAGCUUUAUGAACGUCGAUCUUGAGGCCUUAGAACGACCGGGACAGCGGCUUGAGCAGCUCCAGACGAUCAUCAAGCAAACGCUAUUCAAACCGCUCUUCUUCAAUUUCCCAGACCUGGACCGAUAUCCGUACAUUUUCCGCUCGCGGACAGUGGCAUUCAAUAUCAUGCAAGAGUUUGGUGACCUCCUCGUGGCAACCGUGCGCAGGAGAUCCCAGGAACAAAGCAGCUCCGAUGGCGAGCAAGUCGUCGACUACCUAGACCGUGCUUUGAAAGAGGGCCGGAUCACGGAGGAACAGUACCGCGCGAACCUCAAAGUCACCUUUCUCACGGCACACGAGAACGCACAGCAGCUUCUCAAUUCGAUUUUCUGGGUGCUCAGCGAGAACGACACUGUCCGAGAGAAGCUGCGGGCCGAGAUCCUGGCGACGGGGAUUGAAGACCCAACGACUGACCUGGUCAAUUCCAUGCCGUACCUGCAAGCUGUGAUUCUUGAGAUACUCCGCCUCUAUCCACCCGUGUCGCAGCUUAUCAACCGCGUCACGACAAAGCCAGUUGUACUUGGCGGCGAGGUGCAAAUUCCCAACCGCACGUGGGUGGGCUGGAACGCGUUCGGCGUGCACACUGACACGGCCGUCUGGGGCGCAGACGCACGCGAGCUUAUCCCAGAGCGCUGGGGCUGCGACGUGAAAAGCAUUCAGAGUGCGGUGCGAAGCAAGACGACGCAGUGCCAUUUCAUUGCGUUCAAUGCGCAUUCGCGCAAGUGCCUGGGGCAGGGGUUUGCAAUGCUUCAGAUGAAGAUCUUGCUUUUCGAAAUGCUGCGUCGCAUCGAGUGGGCGGUGGACCCGGCGUAUCAGCUGAAAUUGACUUCCGGCGGGAUUAUGGCUCCCUUGGGUCUUCGCGCCAUUGUACAGCCGAGGCAUGAGGAGGUGGUGGAGAAAAAUUGCAAGGCUUGA